AUGCAGCUCCUCUACGGCCCGCUCGCCGGACGCCCGCGCGUCAGUGACGUCGUGCGUGCCGAACUGCCUCGCCCCAAGGCCGGCGUCGAGCCGUGGGCGCACCUGCCCGGCUUCACGCCGCAGCAGCCCGUGCCCGUGUCCGAGCGCGCUUUCGCCUCUGCGCAGGCGGCCGAGCCGCUCGAUGCGGCCACGUAUGCAUCGUACCGCGACUCGGCACGCCCGCUCGUCAUCGACAAUGGCGCCAGCGAGCUGCGGGCCGGCUUCGCCAUGCGCGCCGGUGCGCCAGACCUCACUGCACUGGCAGCGGCCCAGCCGCACGUCGCGUUUGACAAUGUCGUCUCGCGCUUCCGUGAUCGCAAGUCGAACACAACCUUCAUCGUCGCUGGCGCAGAGGCGUAUUCCGAUGCGCAGAGCCGCGGCUCUGUCCGCUCGGCGUUUGAUGGAGACGUGCUCACUGCGCCGGACAUUCUGGAGAACGUGCUGGACUACACCUUCCUGCGGUUAGGCGUCAAUGCAGGGCAGGACGGCGAGGGCUCGGUGCAGCACCCAAUUGUCAUGACGGAAGCGCUGUGCAGCCCGUCAACGUCGCGUACAGCCGUGUCUGAGCUGCUCUUCGAGACAUAUGGCGUGCCGAGCGUGGCAUACGGCCUCGACUCGCUCUUCGCUGCACACGCAAAUGGCGUCAGCAACGGUCUCGUGCUGAGCUCUGGACGCUCCAACACGACGCUGGUGCCGAUGGUCAAGGGCAAGGGCAUCCUAUCCUCCGCCAAGCGCAGGCUCAGCUGGAGUGGACAGCAGGCGUCGGACUACUUGCUGCGUCUGAUGCAGCUCAAGUAUCCGGCGUUUCCAACGCGCGUCACUCCGCUGCAGGCCAGCUGGAUGGUGCAGGAGUUCUGCUACGUCUAUGCCGACGCGGCAGACUCGUACGAGGAGCUCAUCGGCCGCCUGUCGCAGCCCGACGAGCUCGCCCGCGAGGACCGCGUGGUGCAGUUCCCAUUCACAGUCGACGAGGCGAACGAGAAGACAGAAGAGGAGCUGGCUCGGGCGGUCGAGCGGAAGAAGGAGUCUGGCCGGCGGCUGCUGGAGCAGGCGCAGAAGAUGCGGCUCGAGAAGCUGGUGCAAAAGGAGAACGACCUCGAGUACUACAGCCGGCUGAAGGAGUGGAAGUCCAAGGAGCGCAAGACGGAGUAUCUCAAACGCCUGGAGGGCGAGGGCUUUGACACGGAGCAGGAGCUCGACAACGUCGUCAAGAAGAUUGAGGCGUCACUGAAGAAGAGUCGCGCCAAGGAGCUUGGAGAGGAUGCCGAAGAGCCAGCUGAGCCGCCGAGCUUCCCUCUGGUCGACAUUCCGGACCACCAGCUGGACGAGGAGUCGAUCAAGGAGAAGCGGCGACAGCGCCUGCUCAAGGCAGGCUACGACGCCCGGAAUCGUGCCAAGCUCGAGAAGGAGGAGGAGAAGCGGCUCGAGGCUGAGGCUGCGCGCCUCGACGCGGAGCAGCGCGCGAAUGAUCCUCAGGGCUGGGCACAACGGGCGCGGGCCGAGUACGAGGACGCGAUCGCGCGCGCCAAGGAGCGCAGUCGUCAGAAGGAGAUGCUCUCGGACCGCAAGAGUCUGGCCGCACAGCAGCGCAUGAAGACGAUUGCCGACCUCGCCAAUGACAAGCCCGAGGGCAAGCGGAAACGAGGGCGCGGCGGAGGCGGAGCUGAUGCGGAUACGUUUGGCGCUGACGAUGCCGACUGGGCGGUGUAUCGCGAGAUCCGCGGCGGCGACGACUCGGAGGACGAAGAGGACGAGUCCGCGAACUUGGCUCGGCUUGAAGCACGCCUGCUCGAGCACGACCCGACGUUCACCGAGAACGACACGUGGGCUGCGCAGGAGGCCCGCAAGAAUCGGCUAACGACGACGUUCCUGCGCGGCUACUACCCGCCAUGGGACCCAAAAGACGUGGCGCAGGCGCACCAGCUGCACCUCAACAUCGAGCGUGCGCGCGUGCCCGAGGUCUUCUGGCAGCCGAGCAUGGCGGGCGUGGACCAGGCGGGCAUCGACGAGCUGUGCUCGCACAUCGUCAAAGGCUUCGACCUCGACACGCAUCGCAGCCUCGCCAGCAACAUCUUCGUUACCGGCCGGCAUACGGGCUACGCCGGCUUCGACGACCGGCUGCGACGCUCCGUCCAGGCGACGCAGAGCACCGACAUCCGCGUGCGCGUGCAGCGCGCCCGCGACCCGCGCUUCGAUGCCUGGCGCGGCAUGGCGCUGUGGAGUGGGUCGGACGAGGCGCGGCACAGCGCCAUCAGCCGGGCCGACUACGACGAGAAGGGCUCCGACUACCUCAGCGAGCACAGCUUCUCGGCGGCGCUCGUCUAACCUGCGUCGCAGCACGUCACGCGGGCUGUCGAGAGUUGUCAAUUUCCAGACGCAUCCCUACAGACAGCAGAGGCAAAUGAGUGGUCAGGCGCGUGGGCGCGUGAGACUCUGGUCGGAGCAGCGCGGCAUCUAGAGAGGCUGAUUGUCGCGAGGCUGCUCCGAGCAGAGGGCUGAUGGAUGGCGGGAGAGGGUGAUGAUGAGGGAUAGAGGCCGACGAU